UUUACGCAGAUUGAAAAGCUCGGGCGGCAGUCGGGAGACGAGCGAGCGCUCCGUUGGCCGGUCAGUUGGCCGCCAACCCCGAAAUCAGCAGCAGCAUGUCCAAGCGCGAGGAGGCCGGGCUGAUCGCCUACGAGAUCCUCGGGCGGGAGCACGUCGAGGAGGCGACCAACCUGCAGAUCGAGUCGUCCUUCCAGGAGUGCCUGACCAUCGGCUUCGGCAUCGCCGACAUCCCCGGCGGCACCGAUCACGACGGCUUCGCCAGCCUCCUCGGCAGCAUCCUCGACGACGGCCUCAGCCUCGGCGCCUUCGACACCAGCUCCGGCCAGCUCGUCGGCGUCUGCUUCAACAAGCUGCACGUGACCGAGCGCGACAGUGCAGCGCCACUGGAGGAAAACGUCGAGGAGAACAUGAAGCACCCGGCCACCCUUGACCUCAUGCGGUUCAUCUUCAAGCUGGAGUCGAGCGUGGACGUGUUCGAGCACUACGGCGUGACCACGGCCCUGGAGGUGUUCUACAUAGGCGUGGACUCGAGGUACCGGCGCUACGGGGUCGGCCGCUCGCUGAUGCGCUCGAGCCUGGAGCUCGCGCGCAAGCUGGCCGUCGAGAGGCGGCUACCGCCGCCGGAGAUCGCCUACGCGGUGUUCACCUCCAACUACAGCCAGGCGCUCGCCGAGCAGUUCGGCUUCGAGUGGCUGCACAGCCUGCGCUACGACCAGCAGCGCUGCUACGACGGCAAGCUCAUGUCCGAGCGGAUAGGCCCUCUGCACCAGACGGCCGUGCUCGCCGGCAGGCGGCUCUGAUCCCUCGGCGGACUGCCGGCCGCGCAUCCCUCGGCGGACGCCUCCCCCUCCCCCCCACCUCUCUCCGCGCUGCCGCGCAAACAGCCUUCGACUUUGUCGCUGAGUGCGCGCUGCCCGGCCGUGCUUCCCGUGACAAAGCGCGCCUCGUUACGCGCGGCUCGCGUCCGCGCUGCUUUCUCGUCGGCCUAAUGACGCCGCACUCGCAUCUCAAAUCCUUGUGUCCGCCAACCGCCGUGGACAACAGCUGUCACCCGCUGACUCGGAGGGGAGCUUUGAAGAAGCGAAAUAUCGUACGGCUACUCCGUAAUUGUAAGAUAGCUUCCAUUUGCAUAAUAGUCAUUCAGUUAACAGCCUAUUAUCGCGCACCGUCAAGAUCACUAUCGUUGCGCGCGGCUGCCUAAUAUCGCAAGUCCUUUAUUCGGAAAUCCAGCCCGCCGAUGAUCUUUUAUUAUACUUUCCAAGUGAGAUAGUCGACGGUACGUUUGAGUUCGAGGUUUCGAAUGAAAAAUGGCUUGUGCAAUUGCAA